GCCAGAGUCACACCACGCGCCCGGACAAUUUCAACAACAUUCGCCAACUACUUUAUCCGGUGGCGGAUUAAUGGCCACUGGCUUCGACAGUAAUCGCAGCUCCGAGAGCGACGCACAGUUCCUCAUCCAGGCCACCUUCGGCCCCACUCGCAGCAGCCUGGAGGAGCUGAGCCAGACGACGCUGGAGUCUUGGAUCAGCUCGCAGCUGCAGGCCCCUGCCACGUCCCACCGCGAGUACUACCGCAAGCGGGUCAACAGUCGGAUACUGGACGGUUCCGCGAUGGGCUCGCCACGCUCGCGUUGCGCGGUGGGCUCACGCUGGCAUUCCUUCGCGUUCAGUGUCGCGGACCAGGGGAAGCGGAUCCACAUCACAGGCAACAAGAUCUACGUCGACGACGAGCACCGGAGCGACAUCGACCCAGCGUACUCUGGAAACGGCCUUUCCGCCCCUGACAAUUGCACGGACGACCCACCCAACGGGAUGACAAGUUGCAGCCAACUGUCAUACGCCAGGUAUGUGUGCGGCGACAUGAGUAGCGAUACUUCGAGUUACGUCACCAACAGGCUUUGCGCGCAGACUUGCUUUGAUACAGGUCUCCCUUACUCAGGAGACGAUUGCUCCCCAGGGUUUCCUGGUCUGGAGCUGUCUGGUUACAUCUGCAGCGUCGACGAGGAGCAGGGCGGGCCCGUGAAGAUUGGACUCACGAAUUCUUGCCCCACUUUUUCUGCACCCGAUCACGUUUUCCUCAAUCCCCUGAUCUGGUUCUCCAGCUCCCCAAGCGACCAGGACGCGAACCUGACCUUCGAGGAGGUGAGGCUCGGCGUCAUCACGCUCGCGCAGAGUCACGGCGCGGAGCCCUGCGAUCUGGGAGAGUUCGUGUACCACAGCGGCCAGCACUACCUCUCUGACCCCAGGCUGGAGCUGCUCCAGAACGACCUGGCCUCUCCCUCGGGCGGCGAGCUCAACACCUGCCGCCCCGUGCCCAGGACCUUCCUCAACGAGGACAGCUGCCAGCUGCGCACGGCGUGCGGCGCUGCGGAGGGGGGGGACCAGCCCCCGGAGACUUUCGUCCUGGAGGCCGCGACCUUCGAGGUCUUCCUGAACAGGUCCGAGAGGUACGUGUACGCGGUCACGGGCCUGAUCGACACCGAGUCGCCCUGCGGGAGGCAGUCGCGGUGGAGGUUGCUCGACUGCAGCUCGGAGGACUGCAGCCUGACGGCCAUCGGCGCCACCGAGGCCGCCGCUGUGGCCUCGGCCCUCGCGCUGGAAGAGGGCUCUCUCCGCGACGUAUACGUGAGCUGUGAGGGCGUGGCGGCGGGUGCGGUUGUCGCCAGCGGCGCUGACUACUUUGCGCACGUACACUCGAACCAUCUCAACGUCUACGACUUCUCCACGUGGGUCGACGCGCACCCGGGCGGCACGGAGCCCAUUCAGCGGUGGGCCACGGGCAGCUUCCAGCUCGAGUUCCCGUCCUGGCACCCGAUGGGCCGAUGGCAGCACGCGCAGCAGUACUUGGAAUACCUCGGGAGGCUGGGUGACACCGUCGGCUUCGAGGCCCUGCCCCUGAAGCUUCAGGCCUCCUGGGCUGUGGGGUACGAGUCGUGCGGGUCGCCCGGCGAGGUGGCAAACGAUCCGAGCUUGGGGCACCGCUUCGGCUUCAUCACCAACUUCCAGACGAUUCCGCGUACCGCCGACUUGGAUUUCGAGAUGCCCUACUCUUCGUUUCAAGAGGGACAGUCAAAGACCGCGGUGUGGACCAACGUCGCGCUGGAGGCGGACGACCAGCUGCGUCAGCGGGCGGCCUGGGCGCUCUCGCAGGUCGUGGUGACCAGCGUGACGGAGAGCUUUGACCUCUGGCAGCUGACGGAGCCCUGGUUGACGUACUACGACAUCUUCGUGCGGAACGCAUUCGGCAACUACCGCGACAUCCUCAGAGAGGUCACCUACAGCCCGAUCAUGGGCGAGUUCCUGACCUUCACGAACAGCAGGUCCCUGGAUUCCGACGGAACAUAUCCCGACGAGAACUACGCCCGGGAGAUCAUGCAGUUGUUCACGAUUGGCUUGUGGGAGCUCAACCCGGACGGCACCAGAAAGACCGACGCGAACGGGAGCGACGUACCCACGUACAGCAACGAGAACAUCAUGAGUUUCGCACGCGUGUUUACAGGCUUCGCACAGCAGGCCUUGCGCCCCAACAUUGAGCAUUACCUGAGCUCACAGAACUAUCUGGACCCGAUGCAGAUGAUGGGGGAUUGGCACGACGUAUAUCCAAAGCCGGACCUGAGUGGCGGCUACUUGGGCGAUGGCUACCCGCUGUGCUCGGACAUCCCGUCACGAGCCUUCUUAUUUCAGGGGGCGAGGUAUCGGUUCGUGGGGUAUAGCUACGUCGGAGCGGAAGUGCUAGCACUGAACUCCAAUUCUGCAUUGUACGCGGCGCUGGCGGAAAUCCAGCUCAACGUGGUACUGAACAGCACCAUCGAUUGCUACGCCGAGGAGUGCGAGGUCAAUAGCCCUCGCAUAUUCCAGGUCCCAGGGGGCUACUACGAGUUCGUCCGGCCGACCUGCGUGCACCUCUACUUCUUCAAUGGCCAGGUCAUUGCUCCUGGCAUGGAUACCAGGCCCGGCUAUUCCCAGCACAGCAGCAUCUACCAAGCAUUCAGGCAGACGUGCACGAACCCAAACGCCGCGGUCGCCGGGACGACCUGCUGCAGGGGCUGCAGCAACUUCCUACAUCAGGAUACGAUUGAUGCAGGGUACUCCUGCGAGGAUCUGCAGGGGACGAUGUCGUGGGUAGUUAGCUUGGGUUGUCCAAACCAGGGUGACUGGUGGCGGCAGAACAAGUUCUGCCAGCUGGGCUGCUGGGAGCACGGCGUCGGAUACUCUGGGGACAACUGCUCGGACGGGUUCAUUCAGACGGAGAAUGUGUGCGGGUACAACCAGGAGAAGGUCCGGUUCGAGACUGCCAGCGCGGCGUGCGAGAGCUUGGGCAUGCACGUCUGCGAGCAGAUCACGAAUGGCAGCGAUUGCGGCCAGGACAGCAUUGACGUGUGGACCCCGAAUACCUGCACUGUCGAUGUGGAGGUCCGGGAAGAUGGGAGGGUCGCCUCCCAGUACGACAGCAAAACGAAGCAGAAUUGGAUCCUCGUGGACUGGGCCGACGGGUUCCCCACCCUGGGCAAUUGCCCCAGCCAGUGCACCAACAGCACCUCCGGGUGCAUCUGCCCCAUCAGCGUGCAGUCGCGGCCCAUCUUCGCUGCAGUCCCGAGCAGGUCGGAGCUCCUGGGGGAGGCCGCCCGCCUGCGCAUCGGCGCCUUCGGAGCGUGGGCCGCGGCCUCCGCUACCUGCCUGGCGCCCUGCGACGGAGAGGUGAAGGCGUACGCAGCUGGCGGAAGUGGGAGCGUGGACGAGAGCACGCUGUUCGAGUGCGACGGGGCAUUCUACAAGAACAUGGAGAGUAUCGUGGAGGUGGCGGGGUACAGCUUCCGCAACCCCCUCGUGUUCAUGCUCGCCAAGGAGAUCACCGGCCAGCUGGUGCAAGCAGAGGAGGCCUCGGCCGAGGUGGAGGCCCUUCUGGACCACCUCUUCCGCCACCCCAACGUGCCACCCUUCCUGUCCUACCGGCUGAUCCAGCGCAUGGUCACGUCCAAUCCGACGCCUGCCUACGUGUUGGCCGUCGCUCAGGCCUUCAGCACUGGGGAGUUCAACGGUGUCACAUACUCUGGUUUGUACGGGGACCUCGGGGCGACCUUCGCGGCCAUCUUGCUGCACCCUGAGGCUAGAGGGGGUCUGUCGAGCAGCUCUCUGGGCAAGCUGCGCGAGCCCGUGAUCAAGAUUGUGCACUUCCUGCGAGCCAUGGAGUACGUGGAUUCCCAAGGGCGCCAGAUCUUGCUCAAGGACCUGCAAGAGUUGAUUGGGCAGUGGCCCUACCAUGCGCCCUCCGUCUUUAACUUUUACGGCGUGGAGUAUACGCCAGCAGGCCUCUCAGAAGGCCUGGUCGCGCCCGAGUUCGAGAUUUUCACGCCUCCGUACGCGCUCAGCUGGCUCAACGGCAUGAUAUCGAUGGUCGACACCGGCGCAGUCAACCAUUGUUCGGCUGGCAUCGGUGGGGGCGAGCCCACUUGCAACCGCUACUUUGGCAUGUUCAACUUCACCUUGUCCAGCGACGGCAGCGAUCCACAUCAGUCUUUCAGCGAGGUCUCCUUGCUGCUGACCGGCGGGCGCAUCAGCGAUCCGAGCGCCUUCGACAUAGCACUCAACGCCCGUUGGGACAGAGACCAGCUGAAGGCGGCCAUGAAGGCCGUGAUCAUGUCGCCAGAGUUCCACACCCAGGGCGACCCGCAGGUGAUCGGCGCGCGACCAACGGUGACGGAGGUGACGCCCCACGAGCAGAGCUCCUACAAGGCCAUGGUCUUCCUCUUCUUCAACGGGGGCCUGGACUCCUUCAACCUGAUGGUGCCCACCUGCACUGGCCUGUACCAGGAGUACGUCACCAUCCGUGGGAAUGUCGCGCUGCCCCUGAGCAAGCUGCACGAGAUCUCGGUGGACAACCAGAAUUGCAGCACAUUCGGCGUCCACCACUCCCUCCCCUUCGUCCGCGACCUGUACGCGCAGGGGGACCUGGCCUUCGUGAGCAACAUCGGCGGCCUGGUGCAGCCCAUCACGAAGGCGGAGUACAACACCGCGCCCAAGUGCGCGGGGCUGUUCUCGCACAUCGACCAGCAGAACGGCGGGAAGACGCUGAAGUGCCAGGUGCAGGGCACGUCCCCGAAGGGCUUCGGCGGGCGCCUGGCCGACGCCCUGGCCGCCGACAAUUUCGUCACGACCUCGUUCUCGCUGGCGGGCUCGUCCACGUGGUCGGUGGGGCAGAGCACUGGCGUGGAGGUCAUCGACGCCAGGAACGGCGCCGUGCGCUUGCUCAGUUACCAGUACAACCAGGGGCUGCAGGCGCUCAUAGAGAACAUCACCAACCUCCAGUAUGGCAAUGCAUACUGCGAGGAGUACGCGCGCCAGUUCGGCAGACACGUACAGUCCAGCGAGAACAUUGGGACCUUUCUCGAGGCGACGGAGCUCGCGACUGGGUACGCGUUCAGCACCGCCACGGAUAUAGGCAGGUCGCUGCGCCAAGUCGCCCGGCUCAUUGCGACGAGGACAGCUCGACAGGCAGAGCGGGACCUCUUCUUUGUCGAAAUGUACGGCUUCGACACGCACACAGACUUGGACAUGACGCUCGAGGAUAAGUUUGCUUAUCUCAACUCUGCCCUGGAGGAUUUUGUGAACGAAAUGCGGGGACAGAACAUCUUUGAUUCCGUAGUGCUGGUAACCGCCUCCGACUUCGGGCGCACGCUAACCUCGAACGGCAUGGGCACCGACCACGGUUGGGCGGGAAACCAUUUCGUCAUGGGCGGUGGCAUCAACGGCGGACGCAUUUUCAACCGGUACCCCGAGUCUCUGUUGGAGGAUAAUGCCCAGGAUUUGGGACGAGGGAGGAUGAUCCCACAGUACCCAUGGGAGAGUGUCAUGGUCCCGAUCGCGCAGUGGUUGAGCGCACAGCCGUCGUCGCGGGGCAGCGUUGGUCGGUUGAGCUCUGUCUUCCCGAACCUGGUCAAUUUCAAUAUGUCCGAGCACAUCAUAGCUGCAGACUCCUUGUUCACCGGCUUCACCCCAGUCACACUUGCACCGACGCCCACGCCAACGCCAUCUCCAACAACUCCACCAGUCCCGACAACAUCCCCAACAGCAUCUCCAACAGCAUCUCCAACAGCAUCACCAACAGCAUCCCCAACAGCAUCUCCAGCAGCAUCUCCAACAGUGUCACCGACAGCAUCCCCAACAGCAUCUUCAACAGCAUCUCCAACAGCGUCACCAACAGCAUCCCCAACAGCAUCUCCAACAACUCCAGCACCGACUGCUGAACCAGUAUCGACCACAACGGUAUUCGCGACGGCGCAAGGUGCCACAGAAGUGAAUGUGGCGUCCACGGAGGGAUUCAACAUCGGCGACACCAUCGAGAUCGAGGGCGGAGGCAACCACGAAAGCAGGGUCAUCGUUGACAUCCGAUAUUUGCGUGCCGCGUCGGCGUCAGCGAGCGGCGGAGUUCUUGUGCUGAACACACCCCUGUCGAAUGACUACCCGAUCGAGUCCAGCGUCACGGUACCCGUGACCGCAGCGCCGACUUCAGCUCCCACGUUUCCCCUCCCGAAUCCGGCGGGCGGGGGGGGGGCUUCCGCAACGGGCGAUCCCCACCUGCAAAAUGUUCAUGGUCAGCGGUUCGACCUGAUGCAGCCUGGCAAGCAUGUUCUGAUACACGUCCCAAGGAAGGAGGAGCACCCGCUCCUGGAGGUGCGGGCCGAGGCGCGGCGCCUGGGCGGGUGCAGCGACAUGUACUUCUCGGCGGUCAACAUCACGGGCACGUGGGCAGAGGCACGGCAACCUGGAGGGUACCACUACUCAGCGACACAGCGAGUUGAGAAUCCAAGAUGGACUGCCCUUGGCCUUGUUGAGACAAAAGUCGUCAAUGGACGUACUCGAAGAGGCCUGGACUACCUAAACUUCUACGUGAAGCAUUUGGGAAAAACGGGCUAUGCAGUCGGAGGUCUAUUGGGAGAUGACGACCACACGGAAGAAAGCACUAUUCCAGAGGAUUGUCAUCGCAAAGUGGCUCUUCGGGCUGGUACUGGGCUGGAUCUGGACGGGCGCGAACGCUCCGAGCAGUCAGCUGCAGUGGCAACCGCCGAGUGA